GCUGAAGUGGGCCGUUUUCUCUCUCUUCUCAGUCUGUUUUCAUCUUUAACACCGAACGUUUGCAUUUCCAGUUUUUGGCAUUGCUUCGGGGAAGUUACCAGUGCUAUUGCGAUAGGAUAUUUAUUGUUUCUGCCCUACUAUUAAACAUCUUUAAAUUCAAUUUUAAAAAGGAAACUACGUCAUUUCACGCAGUUGACUCGUGCACGCAAUGGCCAAUGACCUCGCCAACGCACGUAAAUAUGGCAGUGAGCACACACAUUCAACCAGUCUCGGUCGUGAUAAAUAGUUUUAGAAACUGUGAACGUUGAGCCCGACAGUGUGUAGCACAGUCACAUACUAAAUGUGUUCGUGGAUGUCCUAUGUAUCGCAACGAUUUCAUUAUACACAGGGUGCGUUCCUGAACUGGAUUUCAUUCCGGAAAUGCGUCGUUCACCUCACUUCAACAGAUGUCAUUCCUAGUGCAAUGUUUUGAUUCGUCACCGUCAGCUAUCGCUCGUUGGUAACGCCACCCGUUUCAGAAAGGUGACUGUACACACUUGCAUCGUUUGCACGCACUCCGUUCUGUCAUGUGCUACAGUCUUUGCGUCAAUUCAUUUGAACAGAAUCUGUAUAUAAAACAACGAAGAAUCGACAGCAAAAACCGAAGUUCCUAACGACACAAUUUGACAUCAUCGCUCACAUAAAAUAGCAUUUUCAAUUAAACAUUAAAAUGUACGGUAGGCUGAGUGUAUUCCUGAGUCUUUUAGUCUUCGCAUGUGCUAUUCCAAUGCACCUGCGCGAACUUGAGAAUGUUCCCGUUUUCGUUGUCGACAAAAUCGCUGUUGAAGAAGGAGUUCUCUCCAACCGUGUCUAUUUACCUACACCUCCUCCAAUUCCUGAACAUAGAUCUAAGAACAGCGGCAGCCAGAACCAAGCUAUUGCCCUACUCCGAAACGGUGCGAAUAGGACCCUGCCCCAAUUAGAUCGGGAAGCUUUUUCAUUGAUUCGAUGCGGGGAUUUUAUUUUUGGUGCAGUGAUUUCGGUGAUCGAUCAUAAAUUGAAGCUGAUACGAACAUUUCCAUAAUAAAUAAUGGAGGCAAAGUCACUGACAAGACGACCCCCAUUGGCUGGAGCGGUGCUUUCGGUGUAGCACCGGUACUAGCACUGAACCACACCCGAAAAAAAAAUUCCUUGCACCGAACUUCCCCGAUUCUCUUUUUUUCGGGGAGGGAAUGCGGUGUUCCCGAUUUGAGACGGGGCCGAGCCCUAGGUACGAGGUCCAUUAAAAUUGUGCCAUCUAGCAGACAAAAUAAGCGGCGUUGGCAGUUACGAUUACAUGUAAGUAGACUUUAAAUGCCAAUUUUGACAAACCAUACUGAAUGCCCAAAUUUUAUCUUCCGACCUUUGAGAGCACUACGACCCGGAUUCAAGUUUGCCCCAGAAAAUGUAGGGUCAUUCCAGCCCUGAAAAACAUGGAUUGCAUAAGCGACGCAGUUUCUGUUUUCAUUUCUACGCGUACAACUGUUCUUUUCCUAUUUAAAAAUUAAAUAUUAAUUCGUUAAACUUGUAAGAAAAUGGCACACAUAUUUUAAACAGGGAGCAAAUACAAUGUAUUCCAACCUCU